GCCCAAACAGACUUGUAUUUCGGCAGGUAUUAUUAUAAGUGGAAAUCCUUGUCCCAUUUGCCGAGACGAAUACUUGGUUCUCCACUACACAAAUGUUGAACUGCUGAAGCAAUUCAUUGAUAAGCAAUCUGGACAAGUUAUAUCAGUGGUGAAAACUGGACUUUGCGCUCGUCAAUACCAAAGUUUGCUCGCAGCAAUCGAAAAGGCAAAGGAUUAUGGAACAAUCACGUUUGAUUUACCUCUCAGAAAAUACGACUACAAAGACUACAUCCCAAAAGACUUGCAUUUCAAGUGAAAAACUGGCUGCUACGUACAUUGUAGUAGGAGGUGGGAUAGCUGGUGUGUCAUGCGUUGAAAGCAUUUCGUUUCUGGAUCCUGAUGAACCGAUUAUCUUGAUCACUGCAUCACCUCUGGUCAAGUGUGUUGCAAAUAUAAUCAACCUCUCCAAAGUCCUAACACAAUUUGAUGUGAAGGAACAGAAAGCUGAGUACCUCCUUGCCAAUAAUCCAUCCCUGAAAAUCAUACAAGAUGAAUUGAUUUCCAUUAAUUCAACCAAUAAAGAGGUCAAAACUGCGUCUGGUUUAAUGUUGCAGUACAAGAAAUUAUGUAUUUGCACUGGUGCUUCCCCUAAAGUCAUACCGGGUGAAACAGAAAACAUUAUUGGUAUUAGAGACACAGAUUCUGUGAAAGACUUCCAGUCAAGAAUAAAAAAUGCUCGGAAGAUCGUUCUAGUUGGAAAUGGCGGCAUUGCUACAGAAAUAGUCCAUAAGGUUGAAAACGUUGAGAUAAUUUGGGUUAUCAAAGACAAGCACAUCUCCGCUACGUUCAUUGAUCCUGGUGCUGCCGAGUUUUUUCAAGAAAAGCUAAAAAAAAAUCAAGUUGAAUCUGAGCCUCAGAUUGUAAAACGUCUCAAGUAUUCUGUCUCAGGUGAAAAUGCAAACCACCCAGGAGCAGCACUGGGUCCCGAUUGGCACUCAAAUAUCGAUCUCAUUGGAAAAUCCGACUCCAAAGUAACAAUCGAAUAUACGAGUGAGGUGAAAUCAGUUUCAAAAGUUAGCGAGGAAGGCUGGUGUACGUGCGUAGAGCUCACCAAUGGAAAGAGGUUCCUAUGCGACUUUGUGGUCUCUGCAACAGGUGUCAUCCCAAAUUCUGGAAUUCACCUUGAAGAUAAAAAAUUUCAGUUGAACAAUGAUCUGGGCAUCAGUGUCAACUGGUUGAUGGAAACAAAUGUAGAGGAUAUCUAUGCAUCAGGUGAUGUCUGUGGUGCCUCUUGGGAACUUGCUGAUCACUGGUUUCAAAUGCGGCUGUGGACGCAGGCUCGACAAAUGGGUAUGUAUGCUGCUAAGUGCAUGGUUGCUGCAACAAAGAAUGAAGAGGUUCUACAAGAUUUCUGCUUUGAACUGUUUAGUCAUGUUACUAAGUUUUUUGGGUUUAAAGUUGUUCUCUUGGGUCUUUUUAAUGGUCAGAAACUGGAUAAUAACUACGAAAUUUUGCUUAGAGUAACAAAAGACCUUGAGUAUGUUAAGUUAAUCUUAAAAAAUGGUAGGAUGCAAGGAGCUGUCCUGAUUGGUGAGACGGAUCUUGAGGAAAUGUGCGAAAAUCUGAUCUUGAAUCAGCUUGAUUUAACAGACUUUGGAGAGGACCUUCUCAACCCAGAUAUUGACAUUGAUGAUUAUUUUGAUUGAAUUUUCUUGCAUUCUCAUCAGUACAGAAAUAAUUUAAGUCAACAUAUGUAGUGCAUUUUUGUUACCUGUUUUUCUACAAUUUAAAGAAAAAAUACACUUAUUAAGUUAAAA